UGCACCUAAUUAUUUUUCCGGAAGGAGAGGUGGGGGGAGGAAGUGAGUGAGUGAAUUCUGCACCCCCCUGCCCUUAUGUUCUCUUGUCCUGAACAUUUACCCCUGUUGUUUUUUAAUAUUGAUCAUUAAAUAUAGCCGAACCUUUAUUGAGUAGAGCCUGUCUUUAGAAAGCCACAGGAUAUCCAUUGCUACUUUUGAUGUUAACCGCAAAUUUUCUGAACAGAAAACGCUAUUAUGAACCAGCUUGAGUCUGGAAAAUAACCAAAGCAAUCGAGAAAAAAGUAGAUCAUAUAAACCAUAAAAAAUUAUAAGCUAUAUACCUUACAGCGGUUAUGGGUAGCGUUAGUUUGAAUAACCAAGAAAAUUGAAUUUGAAAAAGGGAAGUUAAACUUUGUAAUAUUAUCAAAUAUUAAAUACAAAUAUUUAUUUACAGUACAGGCGUUUCUAUAAAAUUUUCGGUGCACUGCCUAAAAAAAGUCUAGUGCUCACUUGCCAAAUAUGUUCCACAUUUUCCUACAGUAAAAAAUCAAUCCGUUCAGGGCCCCAAAAGAGGCGCUUGUGGUUAGAGCAGCUGUCUGCUUAUCUUUUAACCAAAAACCUAAAAAGUGUGUUUCAUAGGCAAGGUCAUAGGCAAAGUCUUGCGAUAUUUUUAUUGAGUUUGUUAUAAAACUAUAUUUUCAUAGUUGAUUUCGAAAUUUCAACACAUAAUUUGUCUUCCAAUAUAAGACUACUUUAUAAAUAUUUGGCAUCAAGGGGCUAAUCAAAGGAGAUGAAGACGUGCCCACGCUACUCAUAAAUAGCGUAAAUAUGAUCAAUCGCUUCUACACAGACUACGGCAGUAACAGGGGAUUCAAUUAUAUCUGAGGUAAUACCCAAUUACGGUCGCAAGGAAAACUGAGAGAGAAAAGCGGUCUGCUUUCGACAGCGACAAAAGGGGCACUUUCCAAGAAUAACGUUAUUAAACUCGAGCAAACUCUCGAUGGACUGCAAGCGAAAUCUCAAGAUCUUUAGGGAUGGCUUACAAGAACAUUAGAGGCAGAUGUUUACAUAUUCUAAGAUAUAAAUGCCUUGUUAAUCGACAAAACUUAUACAAGGUGCAAAACAAGUAAAAAUAAGUUGUUGAUUAAAAACCGCACAUGCGCAAUAACUAACACAUUUUGACUAAGGUUAUAAAAGGACUGAACGUGAACAAAUAACAUUAUCUCGCUUAAACUGACGUGAAAACGAAUUCGUAGCAGACCAAAAAGUAAGUGACAAAACAGAGACAGCAAAACGGCGAAAAAAAUUGCGAAUAAACUCUUAGGACAAUAGAUCUGCGAAAAACGUAAGUCGUGUUAACGCAAAAGUUAACGAUAAGUUAAAGUAAUACGUAGACAGUGACCGAGUUAAACUAAGGUUUGCUUAUUUGCCCUUUUCUUAGGAAUAUCACUUCUCAGAUAAAAUGAUUUGAUUCGAAUUACGUAAGAAAAAAAACAGCUGACGUUUAGUUUGAAGAUCCAAAAGGGACCGAACAACACCCACUAAAAAUAAAACAAAACAAAAAGAGAUAAAAAACAUUCGCAUAUUUUUAUCGCCGAUUAACUCACGAAGAGAAAAGCCAUCGUUAGUUAUCUGAAGGACCUGAUAGUUUACUAUUUUCAACCUCUGCAAAACCUGAGAGAAAACAGCAAAUUUUAUGACAAGAUCAACCGCGUGAAUGCAAGCAAAGGAACAGUUCUAACAAGCGAUACUGGGUUUGACAUUAUUACUGAGAGAGAACUAGAUAAAUCGACCAAGAACGGCUAACUCGAUACAAGACAAACUGGAGAAAAACACAAUAAGCAAAAAAAUAUUUUAGCAAGCAAUGACCUAAGUUGGGAGUAAGUAUCAAAAAAGACGAGAAGAUAAAACAUCAGCAGACCGAGAGACCGAGAAAUGGAGAACUUUACGACUGAGUGCUUACCAAACCCUGGUAUAUUUAACAUCAAUCACGACUUUGUCUACGACGACUUUCCAACAACUGUCAUAUCGAUCAUCGUAUGUACCGUGAUUCUAUCAGUGCUAAUCACUUCGACUAACUUAGUGGUAUUAAUUGGGAUUGCCCGCAAAUCCCUGCUAAAAAUCCCGGCCAACAUUCUUAUAUUCUCUCUUAUGCUUGCUGACUUUCUGACGGGGUUUUUGUUCCUACCGCUGGCCAUUGGCUACCUGAUGAGGCGAGAGCUACAGGACUCGUGUGUCUACUUUUCCCUGACUCUCACCGUUAACUGGCUUUUCCGUUGCGUCUCGUAUCUCACUCUCAUUGCUGUCUGCAUUGAGCGCUACGUGAGCCUCUUCUGGACUUACAAGCACACGGUUUACGUAACAAAGAACGUAACAUCCACCAUUGCCGCUCUUAUUUGGCUGUCAAGCCUCGUGAUAGUCCCCUUGAGUGUGUUUCGUGUCAUGCCAAAGUCAGGGUGGGUAAUGGGGGGAACAGGCGCCGUGGGAAUGGUAAUCCUUGUAGCGACUAACUAUCGCAUUGUGAAGCUAGCUCGGCGACACUGUGCUCAAAUACAAGACCAAACACCCACAGAGCAGAGGAAACAAUUGGCCAAAUCAAGAAAACAAAGCGUAACCAUCACGUACGUUAUCGGCGUAACUUUGAUCAGUUAUCUGCCGCUCACUGUUCUGAUACUAGACGUACUUUUGCGCGGGUACACUGCACGUACAACCAAGGCAUAUCAGAUCUGUGAUAUCUUAUUCACUGUGAGCUCACUCAUUGAUCCCUUCAUAUACUGCUGGAGAAAUAGGGAAAUCAAAAGGGCUGUACAAAAUACACUCGCGAAAUUAAGAGAAACCCUACUGUCAAGGUGGACCGCGCAAAAGAACUCUGAUAGACGACGAAAUAGCAGAGGUAGUACUCGGGAUGAGGGCCAAAGCCGUAAAGAUAAACAAAUGAACUUAGAGAAUAGAGAAAACGAUGGUCAACAAGAUGGGGAAAACGAGGGAAUGAACUUGAAGAGGAGUGAGGAACUGCGAGGAGGUCAGAAAGGCAGGAAGCAAAGAAAAAAAAGAAAUAACAUGAAAGAAGGGGAAAGAAAAGUAGGGGAAGAGAGAUAACAGGGAAGGUUUGAGGAAGAGGAAGAGAAAGAUAAGGAAGGGAUACAGGAGACGUAGAGGGAUAUGACGAAAGUAGAGACCUUAAGAAAACAGAGAGAUGACAGGGAAGGAAAGAAAUAAAGAGAAGAGGUAACAGAAAGAGAAUAUAUAGUAAUCAGUCUGAAAGAAAAUGGAAGGAAAUAGGAAAUAAAAAGAAGAAGAAAAGAGAGAAGACAGAGGAAAAGGAGAGCAGAAGAAGGGAGUGCUAUCGAAGGGGGAAGAGGAAUUUUACAGGAGAAAAAAAUGAGAAAGGAGUA